CGCAGCAGGCGGAAGAGGCCGACCCGGGGCCAGCGGCGGGCCGGCCGGUGUCGCCGUGUUGUUCUUCUCCUCCCCGAACCUCGAAAAGAAGCUCGCGCGCUACCUCGGCGUGUACACGGUCGCGUCCACGCGGCGAGGCACAAUGCAGCCCGCGGACGUGUGCGCGCUCCCGGGGACGCUGUGAGAGGUUCACGCGGCGUGAACAAUGUAGGAAAGUAGACUUUUCUUCGUCUGCCUUACGUCAAGUGGUCACGAUGGGGAGGAAACUUUUCACCCUGUCACCUCGCGCUGUUUUUCCAACUCCGGUGAUGCUAACUCGCUGUUAGUCGUUUGUGGUUUCCACCAUGGAAAGCAGCGUGUUUGUGUGAGUUGUUUUUUUUAGCAAAUCCUUGGAGCAGGACUUGGUCCACACCUCGGGAAUUCCGAGCACAUCGAGCAGCGGCGUCAGUGAACGCCGCAGGCAGCUAGCUGCUAUCUCCAACUGUUUUUAACACACUUUUUGACCGUUUUACGACAACCUGACGAGAAAGCCAGUCGCCCGAUGCCGUCGACGUUUUUCGUCGAGUAAGAGCGAGGCUAAAUUUAGCAGCGAGUUGAAUUAGCUCGGUGGUUGCUAGCCUGUUGUGAAAGUGUGCUGGCGUAGCGGCUAACUGCUAGCAUGCCGCAGCUGAGUGCCGCCGACGGCGAAGAAGACUUGGGCGCCAACGACGAGCUCCUCCGCUUCAAGGAUGAGGGCGAGCACGACGACAAGACCAGCGUGGCCGCCGACCGAGACCUGGACGACGUCAAGUCCUCCCUCGUCAACGAAUCCGAAACCAACAGCAGUUCUGAUUCGGAGGCGGACAGGCGAGCCAGAGCCGAACCGGACGUGGCGAACCGGGCCAGGCAGAGUCAGCUGUUUGGAGAAGCGCUGAGGAGACAGCAGACCACAGGUCUCUUCCAGCCCCCCCCAUACGUGGGGUACCCCUUCUUCAUGAUUCCAGACCUGUGCGGGUCGUAUCUUGCCGGUGGAGGUCUGACGGCAGGCGCACGUGCGUAUCUGCCCUUUCAGUGGCCCCUGCUGGACAUCCCAGGAAGAGCAGCCAUGAGAGACUCGGCCACGCCCACACACCUGUCCAGCGCCGUGCGCCCCCACGUGGGUCACCUCCACCCUCUGCUGUCCUACUGUCCCGAGGCCUUCUCCCCUCAGAGGGUUUCGCCAAGCUUCUCGCCUGAUGCGGGUGUGUCCCGAUCGCCGCACACUGCUUGCUACCCUGUCUCUCCUGGGGGCGUGGCUCAGAUGCCUCAUACUUUUGAUUGGUUGCAGGGUCAGCCCAUGUAUCCAAUGGCAGGAGGCUUCUCACCCGCCGCCCUCGCCAUGAACACCUCCAUGUCAAGCCUGGCGCCGAGCGGCUUCUCUCCUCGUCUGGCGGCGAGCUCGCCACCGUCCGUCUCCCACGCCACCGUGGUCGUCAAACAGGAGGCCGGGGGCGACGGCCCGCCGAGGAAGUCGGCGGCCGACGCCGCACGGGAGAGCGGCGGCGAGCACAAGGCGCACAUCAAGAAGCCGCUCAACGCCUUCAUGCUCUUCAUGAGGGAGGAGCGACCCAACGUGGUGGCCCAGUGCCAAGUGAAGGAGAGCGCCACCAUCAACCAGAUACUGGGACAGCGGUGGCACUCGCUGUCCAAAGAGGAGCAGGCCAGGUAUUACGAGCUGGCCCGCAAGGAGCGCCUGCUGCACUCCCAGCUCUAUCCUGGCUGGUCGGCUAGAGACAACUACGGGAAGAAGAAGAAGAGGAAGAAGACUCGGAGCGAAACGCAACAAGAUGCAGAUGAUUCAUCGCCGCAGCCCAAGCGGGCACCUGUGUCGCCCGAUGAGCCGCCGCACGUGCACGCCCUCCUCACGCACACCCGCUCGCUGACGUCGGCGAGUGCGCAUGUCCGCCCCCACUUGUCACGCCCGCACGCCGUCUCGCAUCUCACGCACACGCACCUGUCCCAGGCCAGCCCCGCCUCCUCCGUGGACUCCCCGGCCACGCCCACCGCGGCGCUGGCAUCGCCCGGCGCCCCGGCACCGACCCACACGGAACACACGCACGGGCCAGGCGGGCGCGUGUCGCCGUGCGCUGAGCAGCCGCUCGCCCUCACCACCAGGCCGCCACGCGGCACGCACCCGCAAGCACCGCCCACGCCGUCCUCUGACACGCCCUCACCGCACACGCCCCUUCCUCUGCCAGUCCUUGCCCCGCCCGCUUCCUCUUCCCAGCAGAGCAGAAGAGCCAAUCAGGUGUAAGGAAAGAUGUAGAAAGCGAUUUUAGUAAGAAAAGGAAUUUAGUGGUCAAUAUUUGACUUUUGUGCUCCCGCGUGUUUGACUUUAGUGCUUUUGUAAGUUGGGAUGAUUUUUCACAGGUGAGCGGCGUUGCUUCACUAAAACACACCAAGACUUUAUUUACUCUUCAAACUAAUAAAACUUUAUUCACUUCC